AUGGCGGAGGCGGCGGAGGCGGCGGAGGGGCCCGGGCGGCGCGGGAAGAGAACGGGCACCGAGCCGGGCCCCGGGGAGCCGGCCGAGGCCGAGCGGGCCGCGCGGCGCCGGCGGAGCUUCCAGCCGGCGGCGGACAUGCAGGGAACCACUGUCCUGCACGACACCAUCAGCGGCCGCCCGCAGCCCCUGCCAGCACGGUACUUCGACACCAAGACCACGGAGCCCAUCAGCUUCUUCUUGACCGGCCUGGAGGAGCUGCUGGCCUGGCAGCCCAACAGCAACGAUGAGUUCAAUGUGUCGGCCGUGCCUCUGGCCAAGCGGCAGCCCCCGCUGCACAGCAGGCGGCCCCGGACGCUGGUGUGCCACGACAUGCAAGGCGGCUACUUGGAGGACAGGUUCAUCCAGGGAUCCGCCACACGCAAUCCCUAUGUCUUCUACCACUGGCGCUACAUCGACAUCUUCGUCUACUUCAGCCACCACACUGUGACCAUCCCGCCCGUGGUCUGGACCAAUGCAGCGCACCGGAACAGCGUCCCUGUGCUGGGCACGUUCAUCACGGAGUGGACGGACGGGGAGAAGCUGUGUGAGGCGUUCCUGGCCGGUGAUGAGGAGGCGUUCAUUGCGGUGGCCGAGCAGCUGGCCCGCAUUGCCCAGCACUUCCGCUUCGACGGCUGGCUGGUCAACAUCGAGAACAAGCUGAGCGCGGCGGCCGUGGGCAACCUGCCCCUGUUCCUGCGGGAGCUGACGGCGCGGGUGCACAGCGCCGUGCCAGGAGGACUGGUGAUCUGGUACGACAGUGUCCUGAAGGAUGGCACGCUGAGGUGGCAGAACGAGCUGAACGAUCAGAAUAGGAUUUUCUUUGAUGCCUGUGACGGGCUGUUCACCAACUACAACUGGAAGGAGGAGCAGCUGGAGCGCACACAGAGGCUGGCUGGUUCACGCCUCAACGACGUCUAUGUUGGUGUUGAUGUCUUUGCCCGUGGGGAUGUGAUUGGUGGUGGCUUCGACACUGACAAGUCGCUGCGCAUGAUCCGGCAGUACGGGCUCUCCACAGCCAUCUUCGCUCCUGGCUGGGUCUACGAGCACCUGGGGAAGGAAAACUUCCUGCAGAACGAGAACAGGUUCUGGGGCUCGCUGGCUGAGUACCUGCCCACGCACAGCAUUUGCACGCUGCCCCUCACCACCUCCUUCUGCCUGGGCAUGGGCACCAGCACAUUCCUGGAUGGGAAGGAUGAAGAGUCUGGGCCCUGGUACAACCUGAGUGCGCAGGACAUCCAGCCACUGUACCCGGAGCAGCAGGGCAUGCUGAGUGCCAGCUGCUGCCUGCAGGACGCCUGGUGUGGGGGCAGCUCCCUGCAGCUGCAGGGCACCAUUCCCCCCGGCGAGGAGCGCGUGGCCGUCCGCCUCUUCUCUUUGCAGAUGCCAGCCCCUCCCAAGCUCUUCCUGACCCUGCUCUACAAGAUGGAGGGGCCACAGCCCGAUGACUUUACAGUGGCACUGGAGGUCACCACCUGGGACUCAGGGAACUGCUUUGAGGGCAACCCCACCUCCCUGCCCGAGCCCAAUGGCCGGUACCACCCCCGGUUCCUCCCGGCACCGCCCCCCGGCCUGGCCAGGCUGCUCACCGCCUGCCACCGUGGCUCCCACGGCUGGACCAGCCGGUGCUACGAGCUGGAGCUGCAGGACUGCAGCCUACGAGACAUCUCCCUGAUUGUGUCCCGCCAGCAGCCCAGCCCACAGGCGACAUCCUUCACCUGCCUGCUCGGGGAGGUCCGGGUGCUGGACACGGCCAGCGUGGCAGCCUCCCCUCCGCAGGUGCACAGCGUGGCAGCCUCGCAGCUCUGGUGGCAGGAGGGCCCCGAGCCCGGGCAGCUCUCGCUCAGCCUCACCCUGCGCUGGUCCUUCCCUCCCGGCCGUGCCAGAUGGUUCCGUGUGCUGAGCCAGGGCGCCCGGUGCCGCCUGGGCCAGACGGCGCCGCAGGUGCUGGGGCUGGCCCAGGGCUGCCUGUUCCGAGCCGUGGGGCUGCUGGUGCCGCAGCCAGCACCAGGGCAGUCCUGCCGGCUGGAGCUGCUGGUGGAGCCUGUGCUGCAGGACGAGCUGCCCGUGGACCCCGAGCGCUGGGGCCGCCUCGUGCUGGUCUACUCUGCACCAGGCGGUGGCCCUGGCUCAGAUGGGCAUUAAAGCAAGAGCAGCCUGUGCCAUGUCUGCUCCAUGUGGCGGGUGGGCUGUGGGCGGGGGACACCGAGGGAGGCUGCAUUUCAUCACCCUGGGCUGGUGAUGGGCUGCAUUUCAUCACCCUAGGCAGGUGGUGGGCUGCAUUUCAUCACCCUUUUCUCCCACCCCUGUGGUUGUGCUCAGCCUUCACCAUGGGGGCCCACUGGGUGCUGACCAGGACCCUGCAAGUGGCUGGCAGGGAUUCCCAACGUGUGUGACCAGAGACUGGGGCACCUGCUCUGAGAAGCCCACCAGCUCCUACAGCCCUCGCUGCCUCAAGCUGUCUGCCCACGGGCUGGGGGUACUUGCCCUAAGCCCCCAGGAUGCACAGCCCCCUCAGGGCUCAGCCUGGUGGGAGCUGCCAGCAGCCCAGAGGAGCAGCCCAGCACGGGUGACCACUGUGCUCAUUAAUGUGGACCCAGCCCAGUGCCACCAGCCUACGCUGCCUCCCCUGAGCAUCUUGUGAGGAGGAGAGAAAAUUUAUAGCAGCAAUUAUUUUCUCACAGUCUGGUGAGCAAGCAAUUAGUAGGCAGGAGCAGACGAGCGCUCCUGCAGCAGGGUCCCAAGCCCUGUCCCCAAACAAUGCAGGCUCCCCCAGGGACAGCAAUGCCAGCAGUGGAGCUGCUGCUCCUGAGGCGCUCAGGAACGUGUUACCUGAUGGCUUGAGGAAUGAAGGGCUUGGCCCAGCCAGGAGAGGGCUCUUCACUCCCUGCUCCCUCACCAUGUCAAGGCUGGGGGCCCCAAGGGUUCCCCACCUGCCCACAGGCUCUGGCCCCUGCCCAGCCACAUCCACUGUAGCAGCCACAGCCCUGUGCCCCUGCAGCGCAACCAGUCAAAACCUGAGUCGC